UGUUUUGUUACUUCAUGAGAUUUGAUUUUCCAUCCUGAUGCUCCUACAGCAUCCACAAUGAGACCCUGAUGAGGCUCUAAAGAGGAAGAUGAAGGCGCCCAUGGCUGCUCCUCAUCUGCUGCUGGUAGGGCUUUUUCUAAUUGGAUCAGUCUGAUUAAAGGGAUUAGGAUGACCUCUCUGGCAGAUCCUACUUUAAUAAUCUGCAACACUGAGAAUGUUUCUCCUUUGCUCAAACGGGGAGUUCCAGAGACAGCAGUGGAUGCUACUUGCUUUUGAUGAACUGUGAAUUUCAUGCCCCUAUUCCUGAGCUCACCGGAGCCCUAGGAUAAGGGAGUAGACAUGGCCAGACCUGAGAAGGGCUCCCUGCAGACUGGGCCAUCCGCCGAGCCCCAAACGCCUUGAAUUCUUGUCUCUAAAGCUCACCAAGUUUAAGAGCCCAGAGCCCACUUGGGCUUCAGCCAGUAAAAAUGGCACUAAUGAAAGUCAAAUUCGACCAGAAGAAGAGGGUCAAAUUAGCCCAGGGGCUCUGGCUUAUGAACUGGCUUUCGGUGCUGACUGGAAUCAUCCUCUUCAGCCUGGGAAUAUUUCUCAAGGUUGAGCUCAAGAAGAGAAGUGAGGUAAUGAACAAUUCAGAGAGCCAUUUUGUCCCCAACUCCCUGAUCGGAGUAGGAGUGCUAGCUUGCAUCUUCAAUGCUCUUGGGGGCAAGAUCUGUUAUGAUGCUCUAGACCCCGCAAAAUACGCCAAAUGGAAGCCAUGGUUGAAGCCCUACCUGAUUGUCUGUGUUCUGUUCAACGUCCUCCUCUUCUUGGUUUCUCUCUUUUGCUUCCUGAUGAGGGGCUCCCUGGAGAGUACCCUGGCCAAUGGGCUCAAGAAUGGCAUGAAGUACUAUAGGGACACAGACACCCCAGGUCGGUGCUUCAUGAAGAAGACUAUUGACAUGUUGCAGAUUGAGUUCAGGUGCUGUGGAAACAAUGGCUUCCGGGACUGGUUUGAGGUCCAGUGGAUCAGCAACCGAUACCUGGACUUUGCCUCCAAAGAAGUUAAAGAUCGAAUCAAGAGCAAUGUGGAUGGACGGUACUUGGUGGAUGGUGUCCCCUUCAGUUGUUGUAACCCAAAUUCUCCUCGGCCCUGCAUACAGACCCAGCUCACCAACAACUCUGCCCACUACAGCUAUGACUACCAGACUGAGGAGCUCAACUUGUGGGUCCGUGGCUGCCGGGAGGCACUACUACAUUACUACAGCAGUAUAAUGAACACCAUGGGUGUCAUCGUCCUUCUUGUCUUGAUCUUUGAGGUAAUCGCUACAGUUGGACUGCGCUACCUACACACAGCCCUGGAAAGCGUGGCCAAUCCUGAGGACCCCGAGUGCGAGAGUGAAGGCUGGCUGUUAGAGAAGAGUGUGUCAGAGACCUGGAAAUCCAUCAUGGAGAGUUUGAAAAAACUUGGCAAGAGCAGCCAGGUGGAAGCGGCGGGUGAUGAAGGCGUCCAGGCCCCAGCAGCCAGCUGAGGCGUCUCUGGGAAGCACCCACCAGUCCCGCUAGGGACACCCUCACUGAACAAUGACACACGGGAAGUGGUGGGACUCAGAGGGGCAGUGGAAACUGCUCCCCUAAUCCGAUGUACAUUCAAGACCCCCAGUGGAGAAUGACCAUCUUGAAGCACUAACCCUUUCUCAGUGGGUGGGUGGGUCAGAGAGGAGGGUUUAAUGCCGGCUCUAUUUGGAAAGGGACCUCCCUCCAGCUCACUCUUCCUAGAGAAACCCUCACCACACCCCGCAAAGGCUUUCCCCCUUUUUUCUGCGGGCCCUAACCCAUGAAAGGGUUUCAAAAGGGCAAUAGCUACAUUCACAAUCUUUCUUGCUCCCCUAGUAUAUAAAUGUGAUCCCAACGUCUCAGGGAUGGCUGCCUGCCUACAUACAUGCUCUCUUCUCCCCUUUCCUCACCCUAUUCAGUGCUUCUCUCUCUUUUUAAUCACUUCCCUUGCACCCUCUUUGGACAGGUGUUACCCAAAUAAUUCAGGAACUAGACACCCUGUCUGGGGCUCUCCUCUGUGUAAGCUGGAGAGGAUGCAGAGGGUCCCCUUGCUAACUCCAGGUCUACUUUAUUUCCAAGACCAUGUGGAAUAAAGCAUCACUUGAUGAGUCUAGAUGGGAUCACAAUAGAGGAGUCUGAAAAAACGUACUGUUCAUUUUAAAUUGUAGUGCAACCCCUUUGCACUUGAUGCUGGGGAUGGUGGAAGGUGGAAGUUGGAGGAGGGGAGGGCCAGAAGAGUGACCAAGAUUUCUCCUUUCUCAGAGGAGCAGGACCUUCAAGGCCUUGAUGGCCCUAAAAUAGAGUGUGAGGAAAGAAAAAUAGUUUUCAGCCCAUUCCGUUUUUAGACAUAAGCAUGAUCUCUGACACAGUCCUAAGUUCCUCAGCGAUUCAUUGUAGUUAUGAGCAGGGAGGGUCAAAGGUAACCACAGCCUGCAUGUGGCAUCUCAAAACCAUAACUUACAUUCUAUUCUGAGACAGAAACUGCCACGCUGGAUUUCUGUCUUUUUAAAAAUAGCAGGGGCAGCUAGGUGGCUCAGUGGAUAAAGCACUGGCCUUGGAUUCAGGAGGACCUGAGUUCAAAUCCAGCCUCAGACACUUGACACUAGCUGUGUGACCUUGGGCAAGUCACUUAGCCUUCAUUGCCCCACAAAAAAACAAAAAAAGACCCAAACCCAACAGAUAUUAUUUUUGCCCCAGAGGGUAGUAGAGACAUCUCCUAAAAGAUACAACACUUGCCCUUUGGGGAGUAUUGUGUAUCUCUCUUGAGGGUAAGGACACAAGGGAUAAGUCUGAGUGCCACAUAGGACUCCCCAACACCACUCCCAAUGUACCCCUGGCCACCCAGGUAAGAGAGAGUGAGGGUCUACCUUCCUGGGAUGAUUUACCUUGAGAAAGGCCCUUUUGGCUUGUAUCCUGAGCCUAGAUAUGAGAAGAGGAACCUUGGUCAGACACAUUACAUUCAGAUGCAGGGGAAGAAUGAUCUUGCCUCCAACCCCAAACCUUAGGACAAGGCAGAUACUCAUCACAGCCCUGAUGGGCCAGGUAAGGGGUCUGCUAGCUGGUUGGAUCACCAUUCAAUUAGAGACCCAUUCUGCAGCCCCUGAGACCAAAGCUGGGGGAGGGAACGUGCAGCCCUUCCGCUGGCAGGGCUGGAGGGAAGGCAACGGCUUAGAGAUGGGUUUUCUGUGACUGCUUCAAUCCAAUCAAGGCAGUUGUGGUCCCAGUGAAACGCAAGUACCUUUCACAGUCCACGCCUCGCCUUCUCACUUCCCUUCCAUGAUGAUGGGAACUUUAUCAUCACUGAUCUGACUGGAUAUGACGGCCCUUUGCUCUACCCUUGCAAAUAGAGUGAAACAAUAUGGAACCUGGGAUAGAGUGCAGACCCCCAAAUUCUAGUCUUUGCUUUGCCAUUGGUUUUUACUGUAUCUCCAGGCAACCUACACAGGUUUUUCUAUCCUGCAGUUGAGGGAAGACUGCAAAUUUUUUUUUCUUCAGAAUUGGAACAUAGGCAGGCCUGUUCUCAAAGUAGAUGAAGACAUUUAACUACAUGCUCAGCAACAGUUCUUUUUGACCCAAAGUCCCUGUAUUAACUUAAAAGUUCUUUCACUAUAACAGGAGAGCUAUGUAUUAACUCCCUAUACUCGUGCCCCUGUCCAGGGCCAAACGCCACCAUGCAAAUGCUAUUUUAGGCUCACACUUGUACCUAUGUUGUU